UACCCCGCUCUGGGGUUUCAUAAAGUAGAAACGCUGGCCUCCGUGAAGAGGCCAGCGUUCAGUUUCCGUAGUCAUAAAGAGAAGUAUACGGAUAAGUUCGGCCUUGACGUGACAUUACUGCCCUGUUCAGCCAGGACUCAAUUGCAAUCUUAAAAAGGUCACGAAAAUGAGUAACAAGGCAGCAUGGAUCAAUUCCAAAGGGGAAGCAAUUAAGGUUUGUGAUGCAGAAAUGCCAACGCCUGGGCCAGGGCAACUGGUUAUUGAAAAUCACGCAGUACCUCUUCAUCCUGGAGACUGGAAGCUUGCAAAAGGCAUAAUUCCUAUCCCGCUAAAGUACCCAACUAUUCUUGGAAAUUAUGUUUCAGGGUAUGUUCAUGAAGUAGGAGAGGGGAUAACCAGAUUCAAGAGGGGUGAUAGAGUAUUGAGUAUGAGUGCGCUAGCAGUGCGUAAUGAUCAUAAUUUUGGUGCUCAUCAGCGAUAUACUCUAUCGGUGGAGACGCUCACUGCACAUAUUGGUGAUACUCCUUUCGAGGACGCUACCUCAGCAUCAAUAGUUUACGCCGCGAUGUCUGCUCUAGUUCUCCACUUAGGUCUUGAUAGGCCCUCCAAAGAUGCUCAAUCGAAGGAGGAAAAUGUGUUGGUCUGGGGCGGAGCUUCAUCAAUCGGAUUCUACGCUGUGCAGAUUGCUGCCCAGGCGGGAUACAAAGUUAUCACCACAGCAUCAGAAAGGAACCGACCUUUGGUGAAAGGAGCUGGUGCUACAGAAGUCCUAGACUAUCGUUCUCCUACAAUUUUUGAAGAUCUACUUGCUCUAGGUCCUUACAAAGCAAUGUUUGGCGCCUCAGAAUCAGCUGUUGAUCAAGUUGUUAUAGGAAAUUUACUCGCAGCUCAAGGAGGAGGAACUUUUCUAACCACUAUGGGCGUUAGGCCUGGUGUCGCUCUUCCUGAUGGUGUAAAGGGACUCUUUGUGCAAUAUAUGGAUGAUUAUUUGAAGCCAGAGAAUACAGAAUAUGUUAAGUGGGUAUUCUGGGAGUAUCUAGAGGAUGGACUAGUGAAGGGAACUUUGAAACUAGGAGAUGUGGAGGUUAUAGGCGGAUUAGAGAAAAUAACCGAGGGGCUAGGGAGACUUGAGGCUGGGGAGGUUGGAGGGAAGAAAUUAGUCAUUAAGCCGAAUUUGGAAUGAGAAUUUGGUUGUGAUUUCUUAAAGGGGGUUCUUGAAGUUUAUAACUAAAGUUGCUAUUGUUAACGCACUUCUACUCAUGAGAGGCCAC